AGCACAGCUUCCGGUCGCCGGUCUGGAGCUGGAGCGAGGCGCUGAGGUUGUUUCCGGCGGCGUUUUGGCUUCGAAUGGCGGCCGGCUGAGUCGGGGCUCCCUCUCCUCCGUCUCGAUGGCCGGCGAGGAGCCGCAGAAGUUCCUGGCCCCCGAGGAGCCCGGAGGCCUGGUGGGCCUGGGCUUGUUUUCUCCGCCGCCCCGGGGGCCCCAGGGCGGCCUCGGCUUCGGCCUCGUCGGCGGCGAGGAGGGCCCCAACUGCCUGGACGUCAGCGACUUCGGGUGCCACCUCUCCUCCUGCCACCGCACCGACCCCCUCCGGCGCCUCCACGCCCACAGGUGGAACUUGACUUCCUGUGGCACAAGUGUAGCAAGUUCUGAAUGCAGCGAAGAACUGUUUUCUUCUGUUUCGGUUGGGGACCAGGACGAUUGUUUCUCUCUGUUGGAUGAUCAAGAGUUAACCUCUUUUGAUUUAUUCCCGGAGGGGAGUGUCUGCAGUGAUGUCUCUUCCUCUAUCAGCACGUAUUGGGACUGGUCAGACAGUGAGUUUGAAUGGCAGCUUCCUGGCAGUGAUAUUGCAAGUGGAAGUGACGUGCUUUCUGACAUCAUACCCAGUAUUCCAAGUUCUCCUUGCCUGCUUCCAAAAAAGAAAAACAAACACAGGAAUCUCGAUGAGCUUCCGUGGAGUGCAAUGACUAAUGAUGAACAGGUUGAAUAUAUUGAAUAUCUGAGUCGUAAAGUCAGCACAGAAAUGGGGCUUCGAGAGCAGCUUGAUAUUAUUAAAAUUAUUGACCCCACUGCUCAGAUUUCACCUACAGACAAUGAGUUUAUUAUUGAACUAAAUUGCCUGACUGAUGAAAAAUUGAAACAGGUCCGAAAUUAUAUCAAGGAGCAUGGUCCUCGGCAGCGGUCGACAAGAGAGAACUGGAAGCGAAGCAGCUACAGUUGUGGGAGUGCCAGCGGUGUAAGCGGUGCCAGCGCCAGCAGCAGUAGUGCCAGUAUGGUCAGCUCAGUCAGUAGUAGCAGUUCCAGUGUUGGCAAUUCUGGUUCGAACUCCAGCGCCAACAUGAGCCGGGCCCACAGUGACAGUAACUUAUCUACAAAUGCGGCAGAACGUAUCCGGGAUUCAAAAAAACGUUCUAAACAACGCAAACUUCAACAAAAGGCUUUGCGCAAGAGGCAACUGAAGGAGCAAAGGCAGGCUCGAAAGGAGAGACUAAGUGGCUUGUUUCUAAAUGAAGAAGUGCUCUCUCUAAAAGUGACUGAGGAGGACCAUGAAGGAGAUGUGGAUGUUUUGAUGUGAGAAGAGUGAAGUUAUCAUCAGUGUUCUUUCUAAGCCUUAAGCCUCUUAAUAUUUUUUACAUACACUUCUUCCAAAUUUUUGAUUGGAGUUGGGACUAGCUAUUGUAUAUCCUACAGCAUUCAUCUUCAUCUUAAAAACAAUGUUGUUUUAUGCAAGUGAAAAAGACAUCAAGAAGGUAUUCUUUUAAAAUAUGUAGGCCAAUAUAUUUUGCUUUCAAAUGUCUGUAUAUUCUGUUCAAACCUUACAUUUUCUUCAUUUUGGGAAAAUUAUAGAAUGUGUUUUUUGGAUAAAUGUUUUUGCCAUCUACCCACAAUCUCUUCCAAACAGUUUUAGACUGUUUCCUGGAAUGAGUAGCCUCCUUCAUCAAUAGUUACUCUCCUUGUUUGCUGUUGUGAACAUUCAUAAGCAUUAUGCAGUGUGAAAUCAGUUUUAGAUUUCUUGUAGUGAUCAUUGUAAUCUCAUUUAAUGCAUGAACUAGGAAAUGUGUGACCUAUUCAGCAAAAUGGUGUCCAUCUCCAAUAUAUGGUGGCCCACAAGGGCUCUGUCAAACCAGCAUUUUAUUGCUUGCCAGGAGAUGCAAUACCUGGGGAUGGAGGCAAGAGUAUUCUCAAGUGAUGAGCAGGUUGUAAAUCAUGGCUGUAUUGAGCUUGGAGGGCGAGUUACCCACAUGGUUUGCAAGCUCAGUUUAGUAUGACAAAGAAGUGGAACAGCCUACAAAAGGAAGUCCUUAGUAAAAAAAAAAAUCACAUUUCUCCCUACAUAUACAUGUUUUUAUGUUAACUGAUCCCUGUAGUUUCAUGUGCCUUAACAUUAUCUGAGAUGUUUAAAAUGAAGUUUGUGGGAUAAAACUGAAAUAUACCCAGUAAAAGCAGAUAAAGCAGAUCCUUCCCAAAGCAUUUAAUCCUCUGAGCCCAUUCACCUUUUUAAAAAGUUAGCUGCCUUUCUUAGUAACCAAAGGGGAGAGAUUUUAAUCCUGACUCCAUUUAGUAAUUUUCUACCCAAUAGAACCAUGUAUCUUUAUUCAUCUUAGUGGCUAAAUUGAUCUUGUUGGAGUCAUGUGCAUUUCUAGAAGUAUCAUGUGGCAGCAUGAGUGUCAAACAAAUGUUCACUUUUGCUGUCCUCUAGAUCGUUUACCUUCUACAACAUGUGAAUCUGUAAUUGGAUGUAAUGCUAAACUAUAAUAUGAUGUACACAGACUGCUGUGAUGUGAGGAAGGGACUGGACUCAUCUCCUUCCAUUUUAAACUGGCCAGAGUUUGUUCCUUCAGGAGUGGGUUAAUCUGGGUUUAGUUUAAACUGUAGUUUAUCUGAAUCAAGUAAUUUCAGACUAGUGUCUGAUCCUAGCUUGUUUGGAUAAAUCACCAUUCAAAAGAAAAGUGACAAAUUUGCUGAAACUGAAACAGAUGUUUCCAAUCACCUACCUUUCUCCAUUACAAGGGAAGAGGUCAUUUGUAGAUCAGCAUUAUGUGUGAACAAUGUCUAUCUCACUUUGAGAAAGGUGAUAUUCUGGAUUUCAGGCAUUUUCAGAUGCUUGAGAUUUGUUAGGGUGGAUUUCCUGUGUACUCUUAACAAAAUGUUUUCCCUCUUCAUAUUUAAAAGUGUCGCCCAGUCCUUGCACUUAUCCAGGCUCUAAUUUCAGAAACGAGAAUCGUUUCUAAUUUCAGAAAUGAGAAUCUUUGUUUAAAUCUAUUUUCAUUUACAUGUAAUCCUCCCAAGAGCAAGAAAUGCUUAGUUUAAUGUAGAUCACAGGUGGAUUACUUUAGAGUAAGUGAGCUAUAACUUUGCAGCCUAAGAUUCAUGAAGAAACAUUCUGAGUGUUUGAUCCAUCUGGUCUCUGUUAGAGCUUGAUUCUUACAGCUAAAUUAAGUCACACAACACUUUCUGGUUGCUCUGAUUUAUUUUCCAAAUCUGUCGGUAUUUUUAAAAGAUGGUGGAUGCUCAUCAGCCAGUAUCUAUUUCAAGUUAAGUUAACAUUAUCCAAAAUAAAGCCAAGUGGCUUUUAGUGACCUGCUGAAGUCAUGUUUUUUUUUUUAAAUCCUGUAGUGGAUACUUUAAAAAAAAAUUGGAAGUGAAAUCAGCGAUCUAGAUAGGACCUAUUCUGUUUGUCUCCUGUUUGUGUCCUAUUUAUCUUGAGCCCUUUGUUAAGCUGUAUAUGUAUUUAACCAACAUAAGACCGCAGAUAGUUUGCUUUCUUGGGAAUUAGCUCUCUCACAAAACUUACAAGGAGCACUGCAAACUUGAUUGGAAAAUGUUCUCUUAGCCUAACUGAAAUAUGAAGACCUGUUUACACUUUUGUCUGUCUGUGUGUCUGUAUUCAGUUUCUUGUUCUUCUAGAAACGGUUCCUUGACCUUGUUUUUCAACUGAUACAAUACAGCAGAGUCAAGGAUGCUACAUGACAGAUGUAUACACUUAAGCUGAUAACCCUGACAUAGAAAAGAUCUCUUGGUUUGUGGUUUUUAAAUUUUUUUACAUGAUGGUCAAAGGCAAUUUGUAAAGUUUCCCCGAGAAAUUCUCUAUCAUAAAACUCUGUGUGUGUGUGUGUGUGUGUGUGUGUGUGUGUGUGUGUGUGUGUGUAUAUAUAUAUAUAUAUAUAUAUGAAUGUAAAAUCCUUAUAAGGCUGGUGACCAGUAGUUGUAGAAAAUCUUAUAAACACAUUAGCCAAUUUUUUAUUAAUAAAAAAAUUAAAAAGACCUAGCUACUUGUAUCUCCCUUUCCUUGGGCAGAACAUUGCCUUGCAAUAGUUGGCACACUUGCCCUUUAAAAUAUUAGCAUGUUUUUGACUCUUGUGGCCAGUUAGGCUUUCCAGUGGUCCAGUGUUCCUCAUGGCUAUUACCUGAACACUACAGCUUCUCUCUUGAAUCAAUGAUUCUACACUCCCUCUGUCUUGCACAUAGUUUGGGAUAUUAUUGGACAAUUUGUUCAGAAAUGGGCCACUAACAUGACUUAAGCUAUAGUCAUGUGCAUUAUAUUGAACUGGAAUCCAUGAUGAGAAAGGUAGGAGAGAAAUGCAUGUGGUUUCAAAUAGGUUUUAUGAAAUAGUUGACAGUUACUUCAUAAUAGCCAAGGGUACUGGCGUACUAAGAAUGAUGUACUUGGUAACCAAAGCAAAAGAGGAUGUUUUACUUUGAAGAAUAUACUUCAGAUGAUCUAAAAUAUAUAUUAAACCUGGACUGUUUUUCCAGAAUUUGUGCUAAAAAUGUAUUGUAUGCUGAAAUGCACUUGUAAAUACAACUGUUCACUGUACAUUCUGUAUCUACUUGCUAUAAUGUUAAUAGAAUACUUCCUUUUUUUCUCUUUUGAUGUUGUGAAGGAUUUAACAAAUAAUUAUAAAAUACUGGGCACUGUUUUACUUCCCCUCCUUAAGCUCUAAUUGUAUUUGAAAAUAGUCACGCAAAUAUGGUAGUUUGGGAUGGCAUUAAAAAUGAGACAAACCUAAUGCAA